AGGUACUUCUCUAGGCACUACUGAGAAGUGAGAACAUAAACGAAAGUCGAAAAAUAGAAAUGUUCAGAACUCUGUGCAAAGUAGCUCGCGAUUUUUCGCAUCCCAAGAGUAAAUAUUCCAAAAGCAUAUUCAUAAGAACUAACACAACAUACGCAAAUGCUAUCAAACGACAAUCGCAGAAAAAAGAACCGGUGGAAGUUGUGAAAUGGGUUUUACUGGUUAUACCAGUGAGUUCAUUCGGCCUAGGCUGCUGGCAAGUUUACCGUCUGCAAUGGAAAUUGGAGUUAAUAGACAUUCUUCAAUCAAAAUCCAAUUCUACUCCAGUUCCAAUGCCAACAGACUUUUCAAAACUAGAAAAGAUGGAGUACAUGCCCGUUAAAGUGAAAGGGGAAUUCCUUCAUGAUAAGGAGAUUCUCAUAGGACCCCGAGCACUUAUUGAUAAUGAACACAUGAGAUUUGGCUCACUGGUGUCAGACCCCAAGAAAAACCAAGGAUGGCUUGUUGUUACUCCAUUGAAACUAUCUGAUACAGGUGAGGUGAUACUAGUCAACCGCGGGUGGGUACAUCAAAGCAUGCGGCCCAAGGAGAAACGAGAGCCAUCCAUGAUUAAAGGAGAAGUGGAAUUGACAGGAGUUGUCAGGCUCACAGAGAAGAGAGCCCCGUUUAUGCCAAAGAACAACCCGGAGAAAGGCUCUUGGUUUUCUAGGGACCUAGAUGCAAUGAGUGAACAUUUAGGCUGUGCUCCAGUGUGGCUGGACGCAAGGGGUAUCCCAGACCCUCUUGAAGGCUGGCCAAUACCUAACCAAACACGAGUCACUCUGAGGAAUGAGCAUAUGUCGUAUCUGGUUACAUGGUAUUUACUGUCGGCAUUCACGGCCGUUAUGUGGCACCGAUUUUUUAUAAAAAAAUUACCACUUAUGUAAAUAUUUAUACAAACAAACCUAUGUUGAUUGGCUGAAUUUACUGAUCACAAUUUGAGAUCUCUGUUUCAGCUAGAGCAAAUGUGAUUUUGUAAGUCUGGAAGUUCACUUUUAGAAAUCGCAUUUCUUAACAGAUUCUCGUAAUUGUUAGUA